CCCAUCAGGACAGGACACUUGGAGUUGCCAGGGGUCACCUGGGCAUCCAGGCAGGUGAGUGGGAGUGCAGCCCCUGACAUUUCCCCGGAGAUGGCUGGGCAGGUCCUGUGUCACCCAUGGUCCUCGGGGCCACACAGGUCUCUGGGGAACACAGGGGCAGGGCCGAGCUGUGUCCUAAGGGCACUGCAAGGGUCCUGCAGGGGCCAUUCAGGUGUGCGAGGCAGCUGUGAGUUCUGCAGCCAGCCCCAGGGACGGGCUGGACGGGCCAGGAAGGAUAGAAGGGGACACUGACAUCUUCUCCGUCCCCUCCUGCUCCCACAGAACACACGGGGUGGGCCAGCCCCACCCUUUCUUGAACUCGCAAUCCCGAUGGCUCUCCUUUCACAUGCCCUGUUUCCUUAGCCUACUUAGUUUGACUUUGCACUCACCAGGUUCAGGGGUCGCCUCUAACUUCCCAGGACAGCCAACCAUGGAGCCCGUGGGCAGGAAGUGCAGCAAGAGGGCUGCCAAGGUUCAGUUGGAGGCUCAAGUUGUGGCCGCCCGCGUGAAGGAGCAUGCAGGAAAGGAUCCAGUCAAUGAUGAACAUGAGGAAAGAAACCCUUUUACAGAAACAAGGGAGAAAGAUGUAACUGAUAAGCAUGGGGAAAGAGAACCUUUUGCUGAAAAAGAUGAGCACAUGGGGAUUCAUACCAUGAAGCUAGAAUAUAUUGCAGCUGACAUUAAAGAGGACCUUGCUGCAAAAAGAAAAAUGAUAAAAAUAGAUAAAGCCGCUUAUAGGAAAACCAAGAACACAAUUGAACGUGCUUUGAGAAAAAAACAACUAAAAAGGCAGAAACGUGAUUAUAGACAUACUCGGAAGUUGCUGAAUGUCCUUAAAGAAUACAUCGCAGACAAGCAGAAAGAUGAUGAAGCAGCAGAAGAAGCAGAAGCAGCAGCAGCAGAAGCAGCAGCAGCAGCAGCAGCAGAAGUAAUAGUAGUAGAAGAACAAGAAGAGGAGGAGAAGGAGGAGGAGGAGGAGAAAAAAGCAUUUCAAGAAAAACAGAAGAGGUGUCAACAACAUACAAGUGUUAGGAGAGGGGGGCUGAAAGAGGUGAAGCCGCUACGUGAGCAAUUCAUAAAGGCUACCAAGGACUCUAAAGACAAUUAUUGCAUCAUUUCUUCCGAUGAAGAAAGUGAACUUGAUAACUAG